AUGGGUCAGCAAACAUCCAGAAAGAGUGGUGAAUGCACAUGUGGGUGCGGCGCGUGGGAGAGGCGAAGAUACGCGGAGUCUCCGAGCAGUGUGCACCGAUACGUUAGCGCGGUCACUGACAGAUGGAGUGGGAGAGAGUGCGCGUGCAGAAGACGUAGAUGGCGGCGACCGGCGUGCGUGUGCACCGCGUACAGACGUGUUAGCGAUGCGUGUCAUGAUGACAGAUUGGCCGCGGUACUAACAUUAGGUGCCAGAGAUCUACGAAGGGAGUUGGACGCCAUUGUCAUAAACACUGACAGUGACAAUAACAGAGAAAAUGGAGAGCCCACUGCGGAGGUUUAUGUGCUGUCGGUGGCGCCUAGAAAUGACGGUGAACCUUCCCAAGAGGGGCGAAGAACAGAGUUGGUCCAAGCCAACGAUCCUUCUAUAAGACGUUUUCAGGUGGUAUGUGGCGGUGAACUCCGAGCGCUGCUGUUCAGGGCGCCCCCACUGGCUCAUCAGUCGAUAACGCCGCCCACCACGGUGCACACGCAGGUCGACUAUAAACAUUGCCUAGUGCCGGACCUGCAGGAGAUCACCGCCUGCUCCUUCUACUGGGGCAAGAUGGACAGAUAUGAGGCGGAACGACUGUUGGACAAUAAGCCAGAAGGCACAUUCCUCCUCCGCGACUCGGCCCAAGAGGAGCACCUGUUCUCUGUGUCCUUCCGUAAGUACGGGCGCUCGCUGCACGCGCGCAUAGAGCACUACCAGCAUCGGUUCAGCUUCGAUUCCCACGACCCGGCCGUCUUCGCAGCCCCCACUGUCACCGGACUGAUUGAACACUAUAAGCAGGACCCCGCUUGUGUGAUGUUCUUCGAGCCGAUGCUGACCGCACCUCUCCCUCGCACUGCGCCAUUCACUCUGCAGCAGCUGGCGAGGGCGGUGAUCGUGUCUCAUGUCAACUAUGACGGCGUAGAACAACUACCGCUUCCAGCUCGUCUUCGAGCCUACUUGAAGGAGUAUCAUUAUCGUCAAAGAGUGCGUGUACGUCGCCUAGAGCCAGACGCGUACGAACAGCAAAUA